AUGCAAGCUGUUAUAUUGGCCCUUCACGAUUCGUCUUAUCUUCGUCAGCUGACCACAUCUGGUAUAGUUGGUCAACUUCCUCUUGGGAAACAAGGCUCACUUCUCUCAAAUCUUGUCGGGGUAUUUGAAUCUGCCGGUAUCGUAGAUCCAAUUAUUAUAUGUCGAUCUGGUGACUCAAAACAUAUCGAGAAGUGUCUUUCUCAAUCGCAUAGUUGUAUUAUUGUCGAAGUAUCUGCGACACUCAGCAUUCCUGAAUGCCUUUAUCGUGUCCGGGAUCAUUUCACCUGUGUCCCCUUCGCUCAGUACGUGUUUCUCACAUAUGCAGAUGUUGCGGUCACGGAGUUAGACCUCCGUGAUCUUUUUCUGAGGAUGGUUCGUACUAAAGCAGAGAUUGUAGCUUUGGCCUCACCUUACACUGCAGAUGCGAAGCUUCUCAAAAUGGCUAGGGGCACACAUGACUUAAUGGUGUUGGAUGACAAAGACGAGUCUCUUGUUAUGUAUGUACCCGCCUUGGAGCUGAAGAAGCAGAUACGCAUACCGAAGUCAAUAAUGUCUUCCCAUAGCAAUUUGACAUGUCGAGCAGACCUUCAUGACGUCGGACUGUAUCUGCUCUCCGGAUAUGCACUAAGGAUGUUAGAAUACGAUAGAGACGAUGCCGGCCUGCGAAAGUCUUUCUUCAAACACAUUGUCAACGUUGAACAGCACAAAUCCUUUCAAUUUGACACCAACUCAAUGACAAGUCAAAUACCAAAAUCACUUCGAUACUCACAGGAUGAGAUGUCACAAUACGCCAAAGUUGUCAUCUCAGUUCUCGAGAAUGCACCGGUAUGCCGUCGCAUUGACUCGGCUUCCAGCUACCUGGAUGCUGUCAAGAUGCUUCGAGAAAAGUAUCCACCAGAGAACACGAAAGUUGAAAAAUCGGCCCCAGCUGGUAGCGCUAGUGACCGUCAGGUUGGCAAAGUAGUUGAUACCAUGCAGGGCGAGGGAUGUAGCUUCGCUGUCGGAGCGCUUAUCCGGUCCUGCAUCAUUUGCUCCAAUUGCACUGUGGGCCAGGGUACCCGACUCUUCAGCUCUGUUCUCCUCUCUGGUGUUGCGGUGGGCAUUGGGUGCAAGGUCACGAACUGUGUGAUUGGAGAAGGCGCGACAAUUGAUGAUGGCUGCAAUCUUAAGGACUGCACAGUAGCCGCACAUCAGCGCAUACCUGCAAAAUCGGUAAUGCAGUCAGAAAACAUGGGUUUCUCCGAAAUUGACUUUGAUAACCUGACCAUAUAA